AAAGCUCACAAACAACUGAACAAAGUACUCGACAAAGUAUUCAGCAAAGUACUCAGCAAAGUAUUUGACAAAGUACACAGCAAAAGUGCAAGCGACGUAAAACAACUAAAACAACCUCGAAGUGCUGGAAAUACUUUGAAAUAA